AUGGUCACGCUCUUCUGUAUAAUCGUUGGUACGAAAGAAAGCGUAUUUCCUGUGGAUAUUGACAAGAGACAGUCGGUGGGGCAUUUAAAAGAUGCGAUCAAGGCGAAGAGGAUGUACCAGUUUCCGGCGGAUGAACUGCAGCUCUACCCUGCCAAGAUGGUAGAGGGCAAGUGGCUGGCCUCGAGCUCGGACGAUGUAAAACAGCUGAAGAAGGGCGAGAAGACUCAUCACGUUGUAGAGUUAAUGAAAGAAGACCAAAAGCUGCAAGGAGAGGACUAUAUUUCUGAUCUCCUUGAAGGUAUGGAGGACCCAGUAGGGAGACAAAUUCACGUGCUGGUGGUGGUUCCUGAGGAAUUUACGGCAGUCGGUAACGAAAGGAAGCGGCAAAAGGUGGAUGAAGAUGCUUGUGCUCGCGCUUUCGACAAGCUAUUUGAGCCUGAACCACGUACAGACGUUGGGGAUGACACUUCUGCGAUCGUGAGGAAUUUCGUAAAUCCCCCUAGCUGCUAUGAGUCCGAAACCGAACAAACAUUCAUUUACCUGUGGGAUAGCCUCAUUGCGACACUGCUGCAGCGUGUGAUAAGAGGGAGCUAUCGUCGCAACACGAAUGCUUCUGCUGCUACUGGUCUCUAUCGACCAGAUUUGUGCUUUUACUAUGGCAGAAGCAAUGUGUGUGUAUUUCGUGGGGAAGAAAAAGCAAGUGGAGUGUUGGACGUACCGAUUAAGGAAUUGCACGAGAAACUGAUAUGGAGGUAUGACGAUGCGCCGUACAUUUUUGGCUACGCUGCUGUGGGACUGCAAGUGUGCUUGGUAGCUAUUCGAAAAGACGAGAUGACGGAACGCGGUGCAAAAGCGGAAAUUAUUGAAACAUACGAUUUGGGUGAUCUCAGUAGCCGGCUUUCGUUUUUUCUCGCAUUGCUCAAUCUCUCGACUCUUUUCCGACCACUUGUAAGUCUUAUCCAGCCGAUGAACGUACGCGAGUACGGCAUUAUCAGACUAGGCAAUGGGGUGCAGAUAUCGUUUGCAGAGAAUUGUGUGAUGAAGACGUAUCCCUUCGGAUAUGCCAAGUGA